AUGGCUGCUUCCAGUGCGGGAUCUUCUCCACAGUCGAUUCGAGAAGUUCCGAAUAGCCUGAAAAAGAUCAGAGAGCGAUUAGAAAACUUCCAUAAUAUUAUAGUGAUCGGGGCUGGCAUCGCCGGUCUGUCUACCGCGUACCACAUACUCAGCGAGAAACCUGAAACGGACGUCUUAAUUUUGGAGGCGCGGGACCGCCUUGGAGGAAGGGCAAAUCAUUCGAAGUUGGGGGACGUCGUCGUGGAGUUGGGACCGAAAUGGAUCCACGGAGUAUUGGGCAAUCCGUUGUACGAGUUCGCUGUGGCUCAGGGACUCGUGGGAUUGAACGAUCAGAAAUCUGUCGAGCACAAUAUAGUUGCGGCAACGGAGAAAGGCAAUCAGGUUCCUCUGGACUUGGUUGAUGAGAUCUAUUCGGCGUAUUUCUGGUUUGGGAAGCGCUGCGAAGAGUAUCAUCUCACCCGACUCUCACCACCGAUAGAGUUCAACAACUCAGUUGGAAAGCACAUUUGUAGGGAUAUCGACGCUUAUCUGCGGCAAUUCCACGGCGAUGAUAAGAAGCUCCGUCAAAUGGUCUUCACACACGUUCUAAAUCGAGACACGUGCAUCAGUGGCACCGACUCGAUGGAUAGCAUUUCUCUUGAGGACUACGGCAGUUUCACGGAAUUGCCUGGGGGUAAUGUCUCACUGUCGAAAGGUCCCUUUGCGGACAUUUGCCAAUGUCUUUGCAGAGAGAUCGGCGAAGAGAAGAUCCGUUUGAAAUGUAUAGUCGAGAAAAUCAGAUGGGGAACCGCAUCUGAGACGCCCGACGCGGAUGUGGUGCGGAUCGAGACGUCGAGCGGAGUAUUCCAUUGCGCACACCUUGUGGUGACCCUGCCUUUGGGGGUUCUCAAGGAAUCUGUCGACAUGUUCGUACCUCAUCUACCUUCAGCGAAGAAACAAGCUAUCGAGAAACUGCAGUUCGGCACGGUGAAUAAGCUCUACUUUCAUUUCAACAGACCCGUUCUGAAUAAGGAGAUCAGCGAGGUCGUCUGUCUCUGGGAGCCUUGUGAUUACGUCGUUGCCGAAUGGUGGAAAAAAAUAUUCUCAUUCACGAGAAUGACCGAUACAAUCCUUUGUUGCUGGCUCUCUGGUGCUGAGGCUGAGCUCGUCGAGACACUCGACGACGACGAGAUAAUCGACAGGAUCACCGAUGUUCUGCGGAAUCUUCUAUCCGAUCCCUACGUGCCACGUCCGAUUAAACUCGCGAGAUCGUCAUGGAAAAGCGACGCUUUCAGCCGGGGCUCUUUCACGAGCCUCAGCUCGCAGUCGAGUCAGCAAGAUAUCGAGAAUCUCGCAAAACCCGUCUAUACCAAGACGCUUCAGAGUCGGCCAAAGAUACUUUUCGCAGGAGAAGCCACUCAUAGCUCGUUCUACUCAACCGCUCACGGUGCUUUCAUUUCUGGUCAAAGAUGCGCGGACUUGUUGACUUCAGACGAUUUGGAGGGCUGCGAUCUGCCCUCUGGAUGGAUAAAUUCUAGUUCACGGAGGUCAAGUGUCAACGACCUUGAAUCGUGGCUCAAAGGAAUAGAUAUCCGUCGCGAGAUUCGAUGAACUGCCGCAGAAAUCGAAUCUCGAAGAGAAAUCCGAUCUCAUGCCGAAGCAGACAAGAACACUCCUUCUUAGAGCUUCCCAAGGCCUCGGUUGGGGCACAUCCUGAAUCGUUGUCACUCGGAGUCGAUCGAUCGAGCUUUCGGGAUUUGCGACCCCGAGAGUCCUCUCCGGCUGCCGGAUCGGGUCUGUAAAUUCCCCCUCGAAUGUUCGUGUUCAUCGAGGUCAAUGCGAUAAGUGAGCAUGACAGA